AUGGGCAAGACACUCGAACAGGUUGCCCUGCGUCUGCGUGAGCUCUUCGAUAACCUCAUCUCCAUACUCCAGCGACUGCUCAGACUGCGGCCUCGACCUAGCGCGCAGCCGUGCGAGAAACGGCCGUCCCUGAGCAAACGAUGGCGGACCCGACGCACCCUCGACGACUUCGCGGUAGAGAUCGAACGGGAGUUCACCGGCCACCUUACCACCAAACAGCUAGCUUCGAUGGCUGCCAAAAUCCGUACCCAGAUCGACAAGUGCGCAAAGACGAGCCCGGUCUGCAUGCUCCCCUCGUUCAACCAUACCUUGCCCACGGGACGGGAGAAGGGGACCUUUCUGGCACUGGAUGUAGGAGGGUCUACAUUCCGUGUUGCGCUGGUUGAGCUGUCGGGUGAAAAUGGAGCUAUGAAGAUCGUCCGUAUGACUUCAUCGGUUAUCGACGAGUCUGUGAAACUACUUGAGGGACGGGCCUUCUUUGACUGGAUUGCACUGAAGAUAGGUGAGAUGCUCGAGCAGGGGACGGAAGGGUUCGGUCAGGCUUCUACCCCCCUUUCAAUGGGGCUCUCGUGGUCGUUCCCCAUCGACCAGACGUCUAUCCGCAGUGGGCUGGUUAUCAGUAUGGGCAAAGGCUUCCUAUGCUCCAACGGCACCGUGGGCGAUGACCUGAGCGAGCUCAUCAUGGCAGCGUGCCACAAGCGCAAUCUCAACGUUCGCAUAGAGGCAAUUGUCAACGAUAGCUCGGCCACCCUCUUGUCUCGCGCAUACUCGGAUCCCUCAACUCGCAUGUCUCUUAUACUAGGCACGGGCACGAACGUUGCCAUCCACUAUCCCACGAGUGCAAUUGGCCUCGAGAAGUUUGGAAACCGGUCUGCCGAAUGGUUCGCGGAAGCAAGCCGGGUCAUCGUCAACACCGAGCUUAGCAUGUUUGGCGGAGGCGUGUUGGCCAUGACCCGCUGGGACGACGAUUUGAACCGCAGCCACAUCAAGCCGGACUAUCAGCCACUCGAAUACAUGAUCACUGGCCGAUAUCUAGGUGAGAUCGUACGGCUGCUGAUCGUCGAAGCUGUGCAGGUAGCUGGUCUAUUCGGCGGAGAACUGCCCAUGUCAAUGCGAACCCCCUAUUCCUUUGACACCGCCAUCGUUGCAUGCAUCGAAGGCGAUUCCUCUCCCACCCUAGCCGAUUCUUCCGCCUUCCUUCAAAAGAGUCACAAGUUCCUCAUCCCUCCAACGACAUCAGACCUUCAAUUCCUACAGAAGAUUUGCAAAUGCGUCUCCAAGCGUGGCGCAGCAUACCUGGCAACAGCCAUAUACAGCCUGUGGUGUCUAAGCAAUGAAAGCGAAUCUCCCAUCCCGCCGUCAACACCGGACUCGGACGGUAACGAGGAAGAGCUAAAACAGCAGACAGCCGUUAGGGAGGCACCAAGUCUACAGGUCACCAUCGCCUGUGAUGGCAGCGUUAUCAACAAAUACCCCAACUUCAGAAGUCAUUGCCAGACUUACCUCAACAGCCUGACAUCCUGCGGCGCCAACUCGGGCGUCAUCUCGACAAAGAAUGACGGGGCACCUACAUCUCUCACUCCUGUAAUAUCGCUCGAUCCUGCCCCGGAGAGCGGUAUCCUCGGCGCCGCGGUUGCUGUGGCCGUUGCCCUUCCAAGCAAGUAA